GCCACUUGUGGGAAAGAUUUGAGUCACAGCUCCUACGAGAGCCUGCUUGGAAAAUGUCCCCCACAAAACAGCAGCAAUGAUCUGGAGCAGAGCCGCAGCAGGCAUGAAUCUGUCUGAUGAGUCCUCCUACCAAGAGGAGGAGAUGCUGGGCAACUCCUCCUGGGGUUACUCCUAUUAUCACCAGAACUACACCCUGCCCCCCCCACUGCUACAAGGCAAGACCAGCACCUCCAAACCUGCAGCCUGUGAGCAGGUCCACAUCGCAGUAGAGGUCUUCCUGAUCCUGGGUAUCAUCUCCCUGCUGGAAAACAUCCUGGUCAUCACAGCCAUAGUAAAGAACAAGAACCUUCACUCACCCAUGUACUUCUUCGUCUGCAGUCUGGCAGUAGCGGACAUGCUGGUGAGUGUCUCCAACGCCUCGGAGACCAUCAUCAUUUACCUCCUCAACAACAGACAGCUGGUGGUGGAGGAUCACUUCAUCCGGCAGAUGGACAAUGUGUUUGACUCCAUGAUCUGCAUCUCUGUGGUGGCCUCAAUGUGCAGCCUGCUGGCCAUCGCUGUAGACAGGUAUGUCACUAUUUUCUAUGCACUGAGAUACCACAACAUCAUGACAGUGAGGAGAGCUGGCUGCAUCAUCGGGGGAAUCUGGACCUUCUGCACGGGCUGCGGGAUCGUCUUCAUCAUCUACUCAGACACAACCCCGGUCAUCAUCUGCCUGGUCUCCAUGUUCUUUGCUAUGCUGGUCAUCAUGGCCUCACUCUACAGCCACAUGUUCAUGUUGGCACGUUCACAUGUGAAACGCAUCGCUGCGCUCCCUGGCUACAAUUCUAUCCACCAGCGGGCCAGCAUGAAGGGGGCCAUCACGCUCACCAUCCUGUUGGGGAUCUUCAUCGUCUGCUGGGCUCCCUUCUUCCUCCACCUGAUCCUGAUGAUCUCAUGUCCACGGAACCUCUACUGCGUGUGCUUUAUGUCCCACUUCAACAUGUACCUCAUCCUCAUCAUGUGCAACUCUGUGAUUGACCCACUGAUCUAUGCCUUCAGGAGUCAGGAGAUGAGGAAGACUUUUAAAGAAAUAAUCUGUUGUUACAGCCUGAAAAACGCCUGCACCAACAUCUGCGCUCUAACAGGUAAGUACUGAGGGACACAGACUAAGAAACCAAUGACAGGAUUUGUAGGAUGAACUGCUGAGUCUGACACUGGAGCAUAACCAUACGAGAGUAUCAAAAAUACACUUUGUGAAAUGGUUCAUUGCACUUCUCAGAAAGUACAGUCUUUGAUGAAGACCAUUUUUGUUUUCUCUCAGGAUUACCUGGAGAUGGGUCCCUCACAGUAGGAAGGCUACACUACUUUCUAAUAUAUCCUCCAUGUAAACAAAGAGUUGCCAUUUCAGUAUUUGAACAUACACAGCAGGACCAUUUGAAAUGAGGAUUUCUGGAAACUGCAUUACAAAAAAACAGUUUGUGUCCUACAUUUCAUUUUAGAGGAAAUGUACUAUCACAAGUAAACCCUACCGUAAUUGCUGUUGUAUAGGACAAGUGCGUAGGAUAUGCUGGCUUUUAAUUACUGUAUGUAUUCAUUGGGGGAUUUAGGAAACUAUUGGAAACGUUUUGUAGGGAAUAAUAAUAGUUAGUUGCCUCAGGAGAUGUCGCCUGGGUCAGCGUAAGCCGAGGAUAAUUCAUUUGAGUUGGGGGGAUGUGGCUGGAGGUAAUUCAAAACAAAUUGCUAAAUAUACAGUGGGGCAAAAAAGUAUUUAG